AGAAAUUAAUUGUUGAUUAGUAAUUAGACAAAACUAAAUUAAAUCAAGAACUGAUCAUUAUGAUUUUCUCUCAUUUCUAAUCACUGUUUGUGAGGGGUUUUCUUAGAAUUUCUUUACUUGAAUCUGUGGAUUUAUGUAACACUUUGUAUAUCUGUGAGUUAUUUUUUUUUACAUCGAUAAUCAGUUAAUUGUAUUUGUGAUUUGAUUCUCAUCGGGAGAACUUGAAUUAUCUGUUAAAUUUGCAAAUGGUUAAUAAUUUACUAUUCAUUGAAUUAAACUUUUUUCCUCUAAUUUUGUGACUAGACAAAUUUGUUAAUCAAAUAAAUCUCUUGUUCUCUCAACUUAUGGUCAACGUUUAAUCCUCAUGGAAAUCUCAAUGGUCUUGUGGUGAUACUUUUCCUUUUGUGAUAUCAAGUGAAAUAUUAUUCAUAUCAAUUCAAUAAUUUUCCUCUUUCAUGGCCCAAUCUUCAAAGUUAAUGAUCAGUUUGGAAACAAAGAUAAUCUACUAAAAUACUUUACAUCCAAUGGAACCAAAUUGAUUUUCUCAGCCCGAAUUAGAAAGUAAAAUCAACCAACCACAAUUUGAGUUGAAAAUAUUUCCAUCAUCAUCUCUCAUUGUGAUUUCUUUUUCUCGUUAAAACAAAGUGUUCACCCUAAUUAUACUCUUGUGUAUUCUCCAGUUAAUUGUAAUUCUUAAAGUAAUUUAAGUUAAGCGCAAAGUAAUUGAGCUGAAAUAGUGCGAUUUCUUUGCUACAAGUUACUAAGCAACAGUUUUUCCCCUUAUAGGCGACACUACUUUGGUUUGUGGAGAGAUUGAAGUUUUCAUUAUGUUUGAAGUAAAUCGCCUUUACUGUUGUUGAAUUUUGUUUAUUUUGUUUGUUUGUUUGUUUAUUUUUGUUUAAAUCUCAUAAAUCGGAUAAUUCAGAGGUAAGAAUUUUUGUAUUAUGGGUAAUACAUGUAAACGAGAUGCACACCGUGUGGGUAACCCUGGUUUCAGUGUUAAUCUGGAUGGUUUUGCUGACUCAAUGAAUCCAAUGCCCAAUAAUAGAUCUCCUUUUACCGGAAUUGGUGGAAACUGUAAAGGUAUUACCAAUUCAAAUUCAACAACUAGUGCUCAAAGUGGUGCUGGAGGUGGUGUCACAUGUUUGAAAGGUGCCAAUUCAAAUGAUUCAGGAAUCGUACGGACUCCAUCUCAUCAUAUGGUCUCUCACAGUGGCUCUCAUGGAUCACAUGGGUCAAAUAAUCAACAGAUAGUCAUUGCUUUAUAUAAUUAUAAUGCCAAAGAUGAAGGAGAUCUGAGCUUUCGUAAAGGUGAUCGUUUAAUCAUAUUAGACGAUGGAGAUCCAGAUUGGUGGUUAGCUAAACAUAAAGUCACCAAUCAAAAAGGUUACAUACCUCGGAAUUAUGUUGUAACAGAGGCCAUCGAAACAGAAGAAUGGUUCUUCGGUAAAAUAUCUCGUCGUGAAGCUGAGAAGCUCAUGUUAGCUGGUGAUUUACCUCGUGGAACCUUUUUGAUACGAAACAGUGAACAAACAGCCGGUGCUUAUUCAUUGUCCAUAAGAGAUUGGGAAUCAUCUAAAGGUGACCAUGUAAAACAUUACAAAAUUAAAACCUUGGACAAUGGUGGUUACUUUGUGACAACUCGUAAAACCUUUCCUACUUUACAAGAUUUGGUUGAUUAUUAUUCAGAAGGAGCUAACGGAUUGUGUCACGCAUUAACUAAACCUUGUCCUAAAACCAAGCCCAGUUAUUGGCCUAACAAAAAGGAUGAAAUUGAAAGGAAAGAUCUUGAAUUUAUACGUGAACUUGGUGGUGGUAAUUUUGGUAAAGUUUAUUAUGGUCUCUAUAAAGGUCACACCGAGGUGGCCAUUAAAACACUUAAAUCUGGAACUAUGUCACCACAAGCUUUCUUGGAAGAAGCUGCUAUCAUGAGAAAAUGUAGACACGAGAAAUUAGUACCACUUUAUGGUGUAUGUUCACAAGAAGAACCUCUCCUAAUUGUUACAGAAUUCAUGUGCAACGGAAGUUUACUAGAUUACCUAAGGAAUAACAGGGAAGGCAAGAAUCUUAAAUUACCUGAUCUCUUGGACAUGGGCGCACAAAUCGCAAGUGGCAUGUCCUACCUAGAAAAGCAAAAGCUUAUCCAUCGUGAUCUUGCCGCUCGCAAUAUACUUGUUGGUAAAAACAAACUUGUAAAAGUAGCUGAUUUCGGGCUAGCAAGGGUAAUAGAAGAUUCUGAAUAUACUGCAAGACAAGGAGCCAAGUUUCCAAUUAAAUGGACAGCACCAGAAGCCGCUUUGUACGGUAAAUUUUCAAUCAAAUCCGAUGUUUGGUCUUACGGUAUUCUCUUGUACGAACUUAUAACUCAUGGACAAGUUCCAUAUCCUGGAAUGCACAACAGGGAAGUCAUCGAACAAGUCGAAAGAGGCUAUCGAAUGCCCAAACCGUCCAACUGUGAAUGUCCGGACUCCGUUUACAGUAUUAUGCUCCAAUGCUGGGAUCCUGAGCCCGAAAAACGACAUACCUUCGAAUUCCUUUACGGUUUCUUUGACGACUUUUUCGUGUCAACUGAACCAAGUUACAGGGAUGCUGAAGAGUUUUAACCUAAAACCUGGAAGUAAAACUUGCAAAUUAUAUAUUCUGAUGACAAUCUAGACUUACUGAUUAGUGGAUAAUCGAGAAAAAGUGUAAUGGUUUAUUGGCUUUUACAUUGACACAAAAAGAAAGUCGAAGCAAACAUGAGACAAGUGAAAAACGCUCAUGGAUUAAUACACAUAAACACCAACAAUGGAAUAAUCAUCAUCAUCACAUUCCUUCCUUUCGUUUUCUUCCACCCUGAUUGUAAAUAUUCAUUUUCUUUUCCUCUUCAAC